GAGGUGGCUGGCUGGUGGGAUGGCAGAUGAAGAAGAGGACCCCACCUUUGAGGAAGAAAGUGAAGAAAUUGGAGGAGGUGCAGAAGGAGGACAGGGUAAAAGAAAGAGACUUUUUUCUAAAGAAUUACGGUGUAUGAUGUAUGGGUUUGGAGAUGACCAGAAUCCUUAUACUGAGUCAGUAGAUAUUCUUGAAGACCUUGUCAUAGAGUUCAUCACUGAAAUGACUCAUAAGGCAAUGUCAAUUGGAAGACAAGGUCGGGUACAAGUUGAAGAUAUCGUCUUCUUGAUUCGAAAGGACCCAAGAAAGUUUGCUAGGGUUAAAGACUUGCUUACUAUGAAUGAAGAAUUGAAACGCGCUAGAAAAGCAUUUGAUGAAGCAAACUAUGGAUCUUGACACCUUUUGUACUUUCUGAAGCUUCAUUAUCUUCUGGGGAAACCAUACUUAAUAACUAUAUUUUCCAUAGUAAGGCCCUGCCUAAUACCUAACCAUGUGAAUGAAAAAUGGAGAACCACAAAGUUUUCAGGCUUUAUUUUCACGUUUUCAAUUUUAGAGUGAUAUAUGAGCCUUUAAUUGCCUGCCAUUAUAUUACCCUACCUGAAUUGCAUAUUAGAUUUUAAUGACCACAUGUAAGUCAAAGUACCUUUGGUUUGCAAACCAUUCAGUUUCUUCUGACUCUUGACCAUCUCAAUGAAUUAAUAUUUGUGUACUUGUGCCAUUGUAGGUUGUACUGUAGCUGUUUAAUAUGUGAAAUCUAAAUGGCACCUUUGACUUUGAUA